UAACAAUGGGCAACUAUGGCGUUCGGGGGAAUGUGGGAUGAAAAGGUUUCGGAGAGUAAUUCUGGCGAUGCUGUCAAAACUCCAUUGCUUGCCAAUGUCAAGGGUCAACCAAUCGAUUAUGAUAACCGAAGUAAAUUCCCAGAACCAGGAAGGGCCAUAAUUUGUCCAGUCUUUGUGUCAUCCUCAUGCACAUCACAGUAUAUCUCAAAUUCACGUGAUUCACAUCUGCUCAAUUGUGGUGGCACCAGCAAUGGGCACACCCAAGUUAAGGAGGAGUGUUGCAAGAUGGCUGCUUCAAGUGAGGAUGCUAGAUUUGCUGUCGUCGUCCCUGAAGAUCUGGAGAAAGGAGAUUUGAUGGCAGCAACCAGCCUGUUACAACAGAAAGCUAAUGAUGUUCGGGCGCAGAGAGUUAACUGGCAAUCAUAUCUACAAUGCCAAAUGAUUUCACAAGAAGAUUACAACUUUAUUGUCGCUUUUGACGGAGCAAAUGGAAAAGCAAAAGACCAACUUUUGGAAGAACAACGUAUGCAAUGUGCAAAAACAUUCCUGAAUUUGAUGGGGCAUGUAUCGAAGGACCAGACGAUUUACUACAUUCUCGUCUUAGUUGAUGAAAUGCUCAUUGAAGACAAAGGGAGGGCCGAGAUAUUCAAAGAGUAUGCUAGGAAGAAGAAGGAAUCAGUGUGGGCACCGUUCCUUAAUAUGCUAAAUCGGCAAGAUGGUUUUAUUACCAAUAUGACAUCGCGAAUACUAGCAAAAAUGGCCUGUUGGAGUCGAGAUCUGAUGGAUGGAUCUGAUUUACAUUUUUACCUCACGUGGUUAAAGGAUCAACUCCGCAUUCCCGAAAAUGAAUAUAUCCAGUCGGUUGCUCGUUGUCUACAAAUGAUGUUAAGGAUUGAUGAAUACCGUUUCGCUUUCAUAAAUGUUGAUGGAAUCUCCACACUCGUGUCAGUGCUGUCCGGACGCCACAAUUUUCAAAUUCAAUAUCAACUUUGCUUUUGCUUAUGGGUUCUCACUUUCAAUUCAGCUCUAGCUGAAAAAAUGAACAAAUAUACGGUCAUUCCCAUUCUCGCUGACAUCCUAAGUGACAGUGUGAAAGAAAAAGUUACCAGAAUUGUUGUAGCAGUUUUCCGUAAUCUGAUUGAAAAACCUGAAGAUGAGCAAAUCUGCAAGGAGCACUGCAUCGCAAUGGUUCAGUCAAAAGUUCUAAAGCACUUAGAGAUUCUUCAGCAACGCAAAUUUGACGAUGAAGAUAUUCAAGGAGACAUUACUUUCCUCAGCGACAAAUUAAUGGCUUCAAUUGUAGAUCUUAGCUCAUUUGAUGAGUAUUCUACCGAGAUUAAAUCAGGCCGAUUGGAAUGGUCUCCAGUCCACAAGUCUGAAAAGUUUUGGCGUGAAAACGCUUCCAGACUAACAGAAAAGAACUACGAACUAUUGAAGAUUUUAAUUCGAUUGCUGGAAUCUUCAAAGGAUCCUACGGUGCUCAGCGUGGCAUGCUAUGAUAUUGGCGAAUUUGUCCGUCACUAUCCCAGAGGAAAAACCGUAAUCGAGCAACUUGGAGGGAAGCAAGUGGUUAUGACUCUUUUGGCCCAUCAAGACACUAACGUUAGAUAUGAAGCUCUGUUGUCUGUCCAAAAACUCAUGGUUCAUAAUUGGGAGUAUUUGGGUAAAAAAUUGGAACAAGAGACCAAAGUACCUGCAAAAGCGUCCGCGUAAAUAUCUGAAAAUUGUAAUGGGAUCGGAUGAAGAUUAGACAUGAGAGUUUCUCCACCAUUAUUAAUAACUAAAUUGCAGAGUCCGGCUGGUCAAUGGUGUACUUGUUGUAGUGCUAAAUAGUUUGAUUGGUGAUGGUGAUAAGAAUAUAAUAUUAACUGAUUUCAGUAAUUUCCAACAAGUUUUCAACAUUCCAACAGUGUUUUUCAGUGCAAUUCCGUUUCAAAUGUAGAAAAGCUAGUCCCAGAUUAAUUUACGACUAGAACAAGGACAUUAAAUCAUUUAGUCAUUUGUUUUUGUAGUAGUAAGAAUAAGAUUUAUUUGUUCAGAAAUUGUUCAGCGUUAAAUAAAAAGUAUUUUGAAAGAGA